CCCUAGCCAGUUAGCAAACAGCGUUGGGAUAGGCCGCACCACCACUGCACACCACCCACCCAACCAGGCGCCGCGCAAGGCUGAGGGUAAAAAAAAUCAGCCGAGCAAAGGAACACGUCUUGAGUUUCUAUUCUCGUAAAAAAGAAAUGCAAUUUACAAAAAAGUCGAUGCAAAGUGGAUCUAAAGGCACAUACGAGAUUCUUCUAGUGUAUAUUGCGUCGAUCUAUGCUUAAUGAUAGGUGUUAAAAUGGGAGUUGUGUCGGACUAUUUUUUUCUAAAGGGAAUCAUCAUAACUUGAGACGGGUAUCAACUUGAAAGGGAGAAUAAUUUCUAAAAGAAGCGAAGUAGGCCUACCUAAAGGCUCAAACAUCUUGAAGUCUGAUCAAGGCAUGGCAGGUAGGGCCUGGGUGUCUAAGGUGGCUUCACAUUACCCGGCCCUGAGAGAGAGAGAGAGCCGACGGCUAAGGACGUGCUUCAUCUGGGCAGAAUGACCAUGAAGGAGGGGAGAUCCCCAAACAGCAAGUGAAGAAGAGUGACGAUGGGUGCCAAUGCAUCCAGCUACCCGCACUCCUGCUCUCCUCGUAUAGGGGGAAGCACACAGACACAGCAGACCUUCAUAGGGACAUCGUCCUACUCCCAGCAGGGCUAUGGCUGGGAGUCCAAGCUGUACAGCCUGGAUCAGGGCCACGACAAGCCCCAGGACAGGAAGAAGAAGAGCCUGGGGCUGGCCACCCUCAAGAGGAGGUUCAUCAAGCGCCGGAAGUCCAGCCGCUCAGCUGACCACGCUCGCCAGAUGAGGGAGCUCCUAUCAGGGUGGGACGUGCGCGAUGCCAACGCCCUGGUGGAGGAGUUCGAGGGCACGGCCUCGCUCAAAGAGCUGAGCGUCCAUGCCAGCCUCGCGCGUGCCGAGGCGCCCAGCCUGCAGCGUGACCUGGCUGCCCUCUACCAACACAAGUACUGCACCGACGUGGACCUCCUCUUCCAGGACACCUGUUUCCCAGCGCACCGCGCCGUGCUGGCUGCCCGCUGCCCCUUCUUCAAGACCCUGCUCUCUUCGUCCCCGGGGUACGGCGCUGAGGUGCUUAUGGAUAUCGAGACGGCGGGCAUCGACGUGCCCAUGUUCUCUGCCCUUCUGCACUACCUGUACACCGGGGAGUUUGGAGUCGGCGGGGCGGAGGACUCCCGGCUGCAGAAUGUGGAUGUGCUGGUGCAGCUCAGCGAAGAGUUUGGCACACCCAACUCCCUCGAGGCAGACAUGAGAGGGCUGUUUGACUACAUGUGUUACUAUGAUGCCCUGCUUAGCUUCUCCUCGGACGCAGAGCUGGUGGAGGCCUACAGCGCCGAUGGAGCUGGAGGGGGCGUGGCCACCGGGGCGGGUGGGGGAGGCGGCGGGGGACCGGCUUCCCCAGACGAGGACCUCCGGGCCCACAAAGCUGUCCUCUCCGCCCGUUCUCCCUUUUUCCGGAACCUUCUCCAGAGGCGCAUCCGCACGGGGGAGGAGAUGACUGAGCGCACGCUACAGACGCCCACGCGCAUCGUGCUGGACGAGUCCAUCAUCCCGCGGAAGUACGUCCGGGUCAUCCUGCACUGCAUGUACACAGAUCUGGUGGACCUGGGGCUGGUGCUAAGAGGAAGCCCCUCAACUGGGAGCUUGGGGGAGGUUCAGGUCUUGGUGGCAGGUGGCAGGGGAGGUGCCAACACCCGCACGGAGGAGGCCAUGGAGCUCUAUCACAUUGCCCUCUUUCUGGAGUUCAGCAUGCUGGCACAAGGAUGUGAGGACAUUGUGGUGGAGAGCCUUGCCCUGGAAUCCCUGGUCCCCAUCCUGAAGUGGAGCUCUCAGCCCUACGGCUCCAAGUGGGUGCACCGGCAGGCCCUGCACUUCCUGUGUGAGGAAUUCAGUCAGGUUGUGACCUCUGACGUGCUCUACGACCUCAGCAAGGAGCACCUGCUGGCGGCCAUCCAGUCAGACUACCUGCAGGCCAGUGAGCAGGACAUUCUGAAGUACGUUGUUAAGUGGGGCGAGCAGCAGCUUAUUAAGAGGAUGGCAGACAGGGAGCCUAAUGUCCUGAGUGGAACAGCACAUAGUGUGAACAAGCGGGGGGUGAAGAGGAGAGACCUGGAUGUGGAGGAGCUGAAGGAGAUCCUUUCUCCCCUGCUGCCCUUCAUCCGAAUCGAGCACAUCCUUCCUCCCAACAGCGAUGUCCUCUCGGACGCGAUGAAGAGAGGCCUGAUCAGCACCCCUCCCUCGGACAUGCUGCCCACCACGGAGGGGGGCAGGGCUAACUCGUGGUUACGCCAGAAAAGCGCUGGCAUUUACGUGCGACCACGUCUCUUCUCGCCCUACGUGGAGGAGGCCAAGUCUGUGUUGGAGGAGAUGAUGGUAGAGCAGACCGAUCUGGUGCGUCUUCGUUUGGUGCGCAUGUCCAACGUCCCAGACACGCUGUACAUGGUCAACAACGCUGUUCCACAGUGCUGUCACAUGAUAAACCAUCAGCAGAUGGCCAGCCACCAGAAUACCGCCCCUUCUGUGGUAGCCAAUGAGAUCCCAGUCCCCAGGCUGGCGGUGGUGAAGGAGAUGAUCCGGAGGCUGCAGGAGCUGAGGCACACAGAGCAGGUCCAAAGGGCCUACGCCCUGAACUGUGGCGAGGGGGCCACCGUCAGCUAUGAGCUGCAGCUGCGUGUGCUAAGGGAGUUUGGCCUGGCAGAUGGGGCUACUGAGUUACUGCAGAACCCUUACAAGUUCUUUCCAGAGGAGCGUUUUGGGGACGAGAGUCCGGUCCUAGCUCUGCGCCAAGCAGGUCGUUGUCGGGUCAACAGCAGCCCAGCGAUGGAUACCAUGUUCUCAGACCUGGAGGGCCUGGCCGGGUUUCACCCUCCACUGCCUCCCCCUCCACCCCCAUAUCACCCCCCGGGCACACCCAGCCAUACCCAGCUGAAGGGGACCUGGAGGCCCCGUAUGCCCCUCCCACCCCCCACGCGCUCCUUCUCGUAUCCCUGUAACCACACCCUGCUCCAGCUCCACACCAAACACGGCGGCCCGGACUACUCCUCUGCCCCCAGGGCUCCGCCUCCGGACUGUACUAAUCCCCAAGCCAUGGGCCGAGCCCUGCUCGUAGAACCACAGCUGAGCAUGGAGCCCGUGAUGAGGGAGUUCAUGCCUGACAUCGCUCUGGGGGUGUCUGUAAUGACUCUGAGGGACCACCACAUGGGGGACAGGGACGGUCACAACCCUCACGGCCCCAUGUCAGCCCCGGGCCCGCACCUCCCCUCCGGAUCCUGUCUUACCACUCGCCAUAGCCAUGGUCAUUCCUGCAAAAGGCACGCUCCAGAACCUAAACUGGAGGCCCAGGCAGAGUUCCCUGACCUGUAUGAUUUCUCCUGCCGACCAGCCACCCCAACCACGAGCCACCCCCUGCCCCCCUACGCAGGGCCAGACCUCUACAGCCACAGCCGCUGCUCGUCCAGCAGCCUCCCUCCCUCAUAUCUGUCUGACACCCAGGGACGAGCAGCCGAGGCCCGCCCUGACCCCCUUCGCCUAGACGUCCUGGGACUGCCGCCCCAGCGGCAGGACGGUGCCCUGGCUAAUCCCUCUGGUCACCAGGUUGGGGCAGGACAUGUCCCUAGAGGACCACCAAACAAUGAGACUGACCUUACUCAUGGUCUGGGCCACUUGCAUGGAUCCCCCAGCGGAAACCUGGAUGGGUAUGAGGAGCAUCCAUCGGCCCACAGGGAAGGUCCAGAGGAGAUGGGGGUCGCAGGAGAGUCUCCAGGGUCAGGGCCGCCGCAGCCUCAUAGGAACAGUGUUAGUGAGGAAGCUAACCGAGAUCGCAGGGCAACCAACAACUCUGACUACCCUUACAAGAAGUCUGCACUUUAACCUUCAGGGAGGACCUGGGGUUUGAGUCGUCAAAAGGGAACGCCGGGGAAACGACCCUAUGUCAUGGGCAGAACAGCACUAAUGAGUGUGUGUGUGUGUGUGUGUGUUUGUUUGUGUCGUGUGUGAAGGAUUGACUAAGGGUUUCUAUUUAUAGACUGUGUGUUUGUGAGUAACCCCCUCCCAAGGACAGUGCUGCCCCCACCUCACGUCUCCUCGGAUAGCAACAAACGAGCAGUCUUAGGACUAUAGCUUCGUUAAACAGCAGUGAGUCUUGCUGUCAGACUGAGUUAAAGCUUGCUGAAGCCAACUUCAGUGUUGCUGUUUAAAGGUGGUUAUUCCACAAGUACUAUUUAGUAGGGAUUGGCCUAUUUCCCUAGAGCCUUGUUGCACACAGAGGCUUUUUGUGACCUCUCAUAGUUUUGGGAAUCAGGAACAAAGAUCAUAUCAUGAAGAAGAUCUUAAGUGGUAGCUCAAAGUGCUGAGGACGUGUGAUAUGGACUGAGGUCCUCAGCUAAGACUAACUGGGAGCUACGUCAAUAUGAUCUCCGUACAAACUAGUAAGCACCAGCACAUAACUCCAAUCAGCAGUAUCGUCAUGAUAAAAAGUUUUUUGCUCCUCAUUUGUAUUUCCUCCAGAAUGUACCUAACCCAAUGGCUUACAUUAGAUGCCCACUUCCUGGUGCUGCAUGACACAAAGUACUGACGAGUCGUGGGCUAAGGGUUGUUUGGAUCAGACAGGAAGUGGAUCAGACAGGAAGUACAUCUGUGCAGGCCUACAUUGUUCUCUGGAUAUUGCUGUUUUCUUUUGGGUUAUUGUUUGUCCAACACUUAACACUUCUGCCUUUGCACAGUCUGUGUCAUCACAAAGGCUUGAGCCUGGUGUUUUUAGAAUAAGCCCGGAGGGUGGAGGCAUAGGUUCAUGACUGAGGUACACUGGGAAAGAUAAGGGUGCCAUGGCAACUGGUGCACAGUGGUGUCUGAUUGAAGGUGGUAGUGGUUAGAUUUAUGUAGUCAGCAGACCCUUUGUCUGUGUGUGGUUUCAUACACCUAGGUAACUGUUAAAACAGUACUCCGUACUGAACACUGUGUCAAUCUUUAAUCAGGUCUGUAUUUACAUAUCAACUUGUGGCUCUGAAACUAUUAACUAGAGAUGGCGUUGGUCAGUAUGUUUGAAAACAUCUGGUUCUUACAGUUGCAUCAACAGCUGGAAGCCUUAUUCCACCUUUAUUCUGAUUUACCAUAAUAUGUCCAUCACAAGCCUGAGGCCAUGUUGGCUCUCCCGGUCUGUAUGGCACUUCUGUUCACCUUCUGGACACACAACAUUCACAACUUCCAUCAUGUUCACGUCCUCCGGCAUGUUCUUGUGGCGUCCCAUCAUGUGUGUCCCAUGUAUUGUGUGAACAUGCCUCACCCUGUUCUGGCCAAUCCUGGACCAGCUAAGGUUUGCUCUUGCUCCCUCUAUCUCUUUGCACUUUUGUCAAAGGUUAUGGCAUACUGUAUCCGUUAUUGGAUACACCAAAGUGCAUACAUCCGAGCCUGUAAGAUCAGCCACACCGAUCUCUUCUAUGACAAACCCAUUAUGCAUAGCCAGCAUCGCACUGUAGGAACAGUCCAUAUCACAUGGAAGCAAGGGAGAUGUGAAGGAAUAGGAACAAAUUAAUUUAGAAAAAAAAGGGAUCCAGAACACCUUUAUAAUACUUCAAAUAAUUCGGCCUCCGUCGUCUGCAUUUCUACCGUUCAGAAGUUUUGAUAAUUGCCUGUAAAUAAUUUUGAUAUUUUAAUAUAUAUUGUACAACUGAAAUCCUUGCCAUCAUCACAUCUUAGUGGCAGUACUAUAGAUAAAUUCUUCAGCUAUUUCGUAUCUAUGGUGGACUACACUGUGAGGUUGUGUUUAGCAUCACAUUCCAUUUAGGAAGGAUAGUCUGUUAGAUGGUCAGACUCAGCAAGUUGCUUUUGUUCUUAAAUAUUGUAUUUUAGGGAAAUGGUUCAGUAUUGUUAUUGGGGUCAAGUACCACAGUUGUGUAGGUUUUAUUAUUUUUUACCCUUGAUUUUAAACUAGCACAGGAAAAUGUAGAUUAUCUGUAGAUAUUCACUCUCUGUUGUAAUAAAGAUGUCGGGCAGAACAUAUUUUUACAUUAAUUUUACUUCAUGUAGAAAAAAUGCUAACGGUCAGAUUUCUCCACAUGUUCAUGUUGGUUAGUUGAUUUAUUUUCCAGGACAGUGUUCCAAUUGAAAUAAAAACCCUCCACUCUCCAUUUGCUCUUUGCUGUAGAAGUCAGUGCCUUCCCCUGCCAGAGGCCGGGCUUUUAUUGGAAAAGUGACUUUGAUGUCCUAUGCAAGCCUUUUCUACCAGCUUACCAGCCUGCAUCAAAUAGUCCUUUGUAAAACUCAUGUAGCUAGUUCUUUGUGUACAUAGUAUUUUUAUUUUUAGGUACCUUUUGAAAUUGAACUCUGGAACAACGUGGUUGGUUAUAUGUUAAAAACUUUAUAAUUUAGCAGGUACGCUGUACUUGUUUGAUCUACGUAAACACAAGUUGUAUUUAGUUUCACUGGUUCUAUUUUUCUACUGUUACCUCAAAAGGUGCAUAACAGUGAUGAACGUGGGCAUCUUCAAAUAAACUGUUUAAAUAUAA